GGGAGGCCGGGCGCGCCGCCGCUAUGAAUUCCGCCGAGCAGACCGUUACGUGGCUCAUUACCUUGGGGGUGCUGGAGUCGCCCAAGAAAACCAUCUCGGACCCGGAGGGCUUCCUGCAGGCGUCUCUGAAGGAUGGGGUGGUCCUCUGCAGGCUGUUGGAGCGCCUGCUACCCGGGACCAUCGAGAAAGUCUACCCGGAGCCCCGGAGCGAGAGUGAGUGCCUGAGCAACAUCCGCGAGUUCCUGCGAGGCUGUGGGGCCUCCUUGCGUCUGGAGACGUUUGAUGCAAACGAUUUGUAUCAGGGGCAGAAUUUUAACAAGGUCCUCAGUUCCUUAGUGACUCUAAAUAAAGUAACAGCAGACAUUGGACUGGGAAGUGACUCUGUGUGUGCCCGGCCCUCAUCUCAUCGGAUAAAGUCUUUUGACUCCCUGGGAUCCCAGCCUUCACACAGUCGGACUUCAAAAUUGUUCCAGGGCCAGUAUCGAAGUUUGGACAUGACCGAUAAUAGCAACAGUCAACUGGUAGUAAGAGCAAAGUUUAACUUCCAGCAGACAAAUGAAGAUGAGCUUUCCUUUACGAAAGGAGACGUCAUACAUGUCACUCGAGUGGAGGAAGGGGGCUGGUGGGAGGGCACACACAACGGCAGGACUGGCUGGUUCCCCAGCAACUACGUGCGAGAGAUCAAGCCUAGUGAAAAGCCCGUAUCUCCCAAAUCUGGAACAUUGAAGAGCCCUCCCAAAGGAUUAGAUACGACUGCCAUUAACAAAAGCUAUUAUAAUGUGGUGCUACAGAAUAUUUUGGAAACAGAAAAUGAAUAUUCUAAAGAACUUCAGACUGUGCUUUCUACCUAUCUACGGCCAUUGCAGACCAGUGAGAAGUUAAGUUCAGCAAACACUUCAUAUUUAAUGGGAAAUCUAGAAGAAAUAUGUUCUUUCCAGCAAAUGCUUGUACAGUCUUUAGAAGAAUGCACCAAGUUGCCUGAAGCUCAGCAGAGAGUUGGAGGCUGCUUUUUAAAUCUGAUGCCACAAAUGAAAACUUUGUACCUUGCAUAUUGUGCCAAUCACCCAUCUGCAGUGAAUGUUCUCACGGAGCACAGUGAGGAGUUGGGAGAGUUCAUGGAGAUAAAAGGUGCCAACAGCCCGGGGAUUCUCGUGUUGACAACUGGCCUCAGCAAACCAUUCAUGCGACUGGACAAGUACCCUACGCUGUUGAAGGAGCUCGAGAGACAUAUGGAGGAUUAUCAUCCAGAUAGACAAGAUAUUCAGAAAUCCAUGACUGCCUUCAAAAACCUUUCAGCCCAGUGUCAAGACGUACGGAAAAGGAAAGAGCUAGAGUUGCAAAUCCUGACAGAAGCCAUCCGGAACUGGGAGGGAGAUGACAUUAAAACCCUGGGCAAUGUCAUUUACAUGUCCCAGGUCAUGAUUCAGUGUGCCGGAAGUGAGGAAAAGAAUGAGAGAUAUCUUCUACUCUUCCCAAAUAUUUUGCUAAUGUUGUCUGCCAGUCCUAGGAUGAGUGGUUUUAUCUAUCAGGGAAAGCUACCAACGACAGGAAUGACAAUCUCAAAGCUUGAGGACAGUGAAAAUCAUAGAAAUGCAUUUGAAAUAUCAGGGAGCAUGAUUGAGCGCAUAUUAGUGUCAUGCAAUAACCAGCAAGAUCUUCAUGAAUGGGUGGACCAUCUACAGAAGCAAACGAAAGUCACAUCUGUCAGCAAUCCCCCCAUCAAACCUCAUUCUGUGCCGUCUCAUACCCUCCCCUCCCAUUCUAUCACCCCAUCCAGCAAGCAUGCAGACAGCAAGCCAGUGCCACUGACACCCGCCUACCACACACUGCCCCACCCCUCUCACCAUGGCACUCCACAUACCACCAUCAACUGGGGGCCCCUAGAGCCUCCGAAGACCCCCAAGCCAUGGAGCCUGAGCUGUCUGCGACCUGCACCUCCCCUCCGACCCUCAGCUGCUCUCUGCUACAAGGAGGAUCUUAGUAAGAGUCCCAAGACCAUGAAAAAGCUGCUACCUAAGCGCAAACCUGAGCGGAAGCCUUCGGAUGAAGAGUUUGCCCUGAGGAAAAGCACAGCUGCUUUGGAAGAAGACGCUCAGAUUUUGAAAGUCAUCGAAGCUUACUGCACAAGCGCCAAAACACGGCAAACACUCAAUUCAAGUUCACGCAAAGAAUCUGCUCCACAAGUGUUGCUUCCAGAAGAAGAAAAAAUUAUAGUGGAAGAAACUAAAAGUAAUGGUCAGACAGUGAUAGAAGAAAAGAGUCUCGUUGAUACUGUCUAUGCAUUGAAGGAUGAAGUACAAGAAUUAAGGCAGGAUAACAAAAAGAUGAAGAAGUCUCUGGAGGAAGAACAGAGAGCGCGCAAAGACCUGGAGAAGCUGGUGAGGAGAGUUCUGAAGAACAUGAAUGACCCCGCUUGGGACGAGACCAACCUCUGAGGAAUGGCCUUGGUUCCUUCUGAAGACCAGUUACAAGACCAAGCCUGGAGCCCCGCAAUCCAGGCUGGUGUGACAUGCGGGAUCACAGGGCAGGGCAGGAUGAAAGGCAUCUUGCUUUCUGUGCAUAGAAAAGCUGGAGAUUAUCUUGAGAAUAGAAACGGUCACACUGCUCCUAAAGAAUCCAAGCGUGAGGUGCAGACACCGAGGGCGGGACCGCGUUAAUCUCACUCUGGUAACAUCUCAAUUACCUCAUUUUGCAAUAAGUGCAGCGAGUGACUACAAAUCCUGGUCUUUCAGGCUUUUAUUGAAUAUGUGUAAAUAGUAUAUAUACAUGUUUCUUGUAAAUACUCCAUUUUGAAUGCAUAUCCACGAUUGUUAUUUCUGGGUUGAUACCCAUGCUAGAAUUUCCUUUCCACUAACCUUUCCGGUCCCGUUAACUAGAAGUCAUGUUCAUGUAUGCCUGGAAGGCAGAGCUGUGCAGGGCACCCCGCUGGCUUUUGGUAGAUGCCUGACUGUUCUCCACCACUGUAGUCUCCACAGUGCUCUAAAAAUACUGGCCACCUCAGUAUACCUAAUGAAUUUAACCUUAUUUAUACCUUCAAAGAUACUUUAAUGCCAUUUUAAAGUCUUCUGUUAAAGCAGUAUUGCAGUCACUGACAUACAGUGGUUCCAAGUGCAGUGCUCUGGCUGAAUGAGGGAGAGUCUGAGCCUCAGCCUUGAAGCCAAGGAAGCACACAUGCCACCUUGUCCAGGCACAGGUGUAUGUUCUAGCUGCUUCGUGUGAAUAUUGCGAUCAUCAGUGUAUUCACUGCACUUGGAAAGAUCACACAGACUUACACAUAGGCUAGUUUCAUAACAUGACAAAGUGCACUGUUUUGUCCUCCCCCCAAAACAAAGUUUCACUAAAACCUGUAAAUAAAAUGUAUUAUUUAUUACAUAUCACUGCAGCUGGUGAAGACGAAUCAAGGUGAUGCUGUGAGCUGUCUUCAGUGGGUAGGAUUUGUCAGGCCAUUUUAGCCCUGAAUUCUGUUUUACCAUCAGGGUGCAGCAAGCAUUACUUCAGUGCUCAUGGGGAAAAGAAGUGUUCCCCUCUUUCAAUAAGAAUAAAGCAAUAUACAUUUUAAAUUCCA